GAGCAGUCAUCUUUCUGGAAAUAUAUCUUCUUUAAUUCUUGCUUUGGAUAGUCGGUUCGGUGUACAUCGUCGCUCGUUUACUUUUGUCGGAAGGUUCUGUCGUUGGUAUUUUAGAGCAUUGUGAAGACAUUAUCGGACCAAACCAACGUGCAAUUCUGCCACAGUCUUUCAAGAUCAACACGAUGGUGCACUCCCGAUCUCUUCUCCUUGGAGCUCUCCUGGCUACCGUUAGGUUCACCUACGCCCAAGACACUUCCGACACAGGCUUGUCAUGUGACGACCUACUCGUGACAAUCGACAACAGCACCCAGCUAUCCUUCUACUCCAGCUGCCCCUCACUAGAAUACAUGGUUGGACCCUCUCACGCUUUCUCAGGCCCAUUCAAUCUCCCCGGUGUAGAAAACAUCGGGAAGUUCAGCGCAGGGUAUCUUGGUCCGAAAUUUACAGGGUCGCAGCGCGUCGAUGAUAGAGUUACGACGGUGUCGAUGCCAGAUUUGGUGAAUACGACUUCUGGGGGUGUAUUGUUUGGGUAUUUGGAUAAUUUGACGAGUGUGGACUUUCCAAAACUUAACACGAUAACGGGAGAUAUUGUGUUAAUUGGUAACUAUGAGACCAAAACUCUGACCCUCCCAGCUCUGGCAAACGUCACUGGAGGCGGUCUCCUCGAUGGCCACUUCGACUCAAUCUCCCUCCCCUCCCUCAAAACAAUCGGCUACUUAAUCGUAAAAUCAACCGGCUCUCUCGACUGCGUCGCUCUCGGCAAGAACCUCUCAUCUCUCACAUUCACACCCAAACAGUAUGAUGUGGGAGUUGGCUUCACGUGUUGGACACCGGAUGAGAAGAAUACGUGGAAUUCUUCGGAGGUGAAUGGUGGAUCUGGUGGGAGUCCGACGACGACAGGGAGCGGCGGCCCUGCGGCGGGGACGAGUUCAGCUGCGUCUGGAGCGGAGAAUUUGAUGCGUGGGAGGGGUGUUGGGAUGAUGGUUGGGUUGGUGGCUGGUGCUGUGAUUGCUGCGGUGUUGCUUUAAGAUUUUAGAACCGAGACUCAAAAAUA